AUGUUGGGAGGCGCCAUCACUUCCUCAGAAUCAGUGUAUCGGUCCUCGACUCAUCAGCAGCCCUCUCACCAUCCUUCGUCACACCUGGAGUCCGGGAGCUCUAGGUCGGCCUCGUCCAAUACCACCCCCACCUCAUCCACAGCCCCGCCGUCAACCUCCGCCGCCGGCUCUACUCGCCUCCCCUCCCACCCAACCCAUGAUGUACCGGCCUACAUCAGUCGGCCCUCUCAACCCAGUUCCCAACCAUCCACGCGAGCGUCCUCUGCCACUCCGGGAUCCGUCUACACUCAUCCUCCAUCAGCCUCAAUGACCUCUACCACCUCCCAUCAUCCAUCGCGCCCGGGCUCCGCUUCUCAUCCUGCAGCACACUCUUCCUCUCAUCACACUGGUGGCAGCCAUGCAACAACAGCGGUACCAACCUCGGCACCGCAUAUGGGGAGUCAGUCCUCUCCGGCUUCGCCUCAGCUAAAACCGACCUUCCAGUCCCUCCGCUCCCUUGGGGGGUCGGAGGCCAACUCUCCGAGUCGGAUCAAAGUCCGUGAUUUGUCACACAUUCAAAGCUUUGCCAGUGAAGAGUUCCUCGCGCAGAGGGACCAGGCACCUGGGCAGUGGACCCAAGAGCGCCAGUACGAGAUUAGUUCCAUGCCGGUCACGGACAUAAUCGAGAUGGUUGCUGGACUGCUGAUGAAAAUCACAACGACGAAUGACCUGCAUCACGAGUCGGUUCAUCGACACAUUCCGCCCCCGGAUGGCACCACCACUCUGAGCUCCCAGGCUACGAGCGUGCUUGCAUUUCACGGCAAAAAUGUGCCCAGCAUCAGUAUUCUCAGCUAUCUGACAAGGAUACACAAGUACUGUCCUACAACGUAUGAGGUCUUUCUCAGUCUGCUGGUAUAUUUCGAUCGCAUGACGGAACUGGUCAAUAAGGGCCAGCUCGACCGGUUACGACGUCGCUGGGAUGGCACGUCUACCGUGCCAAGUGGCAACAGUUCACGGCCAUCGUCGGCUGAGCGGUCGUCGACACAUGCGACACAACCCUCGCCGUUGGUAACCCCGCCAUCCUCGUCGGGAAUCGCAGCACAAGACCCGUCCAGUCCGUCGUCCAUAUCGCCCUCUCUCCAACCACAGGAGGAUGAGGAUCAGUUCUCCCACUUUUUCGUUGUUGAUAGUUUCAACAUUCACCGGCUAGUUAUCGCAGGCGUAACUUGUGCCAGUAAAUUCUUCUCGGACGUAUUUUACACUAAUUCUCGAUAUGCAAAGGUUGGCGGACUGCCGCUGGUUGAGCUCAACCACCUUGAACUUCAAUUCUUACUGUUGAACGACUUUCGCUUAUCGAUUCCUGUUGAAGAGCUUGAAGCUUACGGGACGAUGCUUGUGGAGUUCUAUGCGAGAGAGAUUGUUGCACAGCAACAGCAGCAACUAUCCCAGGCGAUUCCCCGCUCGAUAAAUCCUUCGGCAGCACCGGACACUCCGUCGGAGGGAAUGUAUAUGCGCACGCGCGAGAAGCAGCGGUCUGACGAGCAAGAGGUCCGCCAAACGCCUACUCCGCCUUAG